UGAACAACGAUGGACCGAGAUACGCAUAGUUUAAAAGCAACUGUGAGUUCCUAUACAAAGUAUGCUAAAGACUUGGGUCCCUAUUCAGUACCGGAAGAAGAAAAAGUGAAGGGCAAUGUGAUAACUGAAAGUUCUCUUUCUGCCCUUUCACAGUCAAGCAAAGCAUCUCCUUCGUCUACAAACAAGUGUAAUAUAGCUUUGGGAGGUUUAGCAAGAUCAGGUAAAACGAGCAUUCAUAGUGUUAUUUUCCACAAGAUUUCUCCACACGAAACUCUAUUCUUAGAAAGCACGGGUCGUAUUGUAAAACAUGUUGUCAGUCAUAGCCCCUUUUGUCAGUUGGAACUUUGGGAUUUACCUCCUGAACUUUUACAAAGUGAUUCAGAAAGUUCUCCUUCUUUGGAAGAUAUAGUUAGUAUUUGUUCAGCUCUUAUAUUUGUCUUGGAUACUACUACAGAAACUCCAGAUGAGACUUUGCAGUUACUUCAUCAAACUAUCGUCAGGUGCUAUAAUGUCAAUCCGCAAAUUCAUAUGGAAGUAUUUAUUCAUAAGACAGAUGUUCUAUCGGAUGAACAAAAGUUAUCCUUUCAAAGAGAGAUUCAGGAACAUGUGGAUGGGGAGUUACGAGAUAUUGGAUUGGAUCGAGUGGUUAGUCAAGUAUCUUAUCGCCUUACUUCCAUAUUUGAUCAUUCCAUUUAUGAAGCAUUUUCUCAAGUCCUUGAGAAGUUGCAUCCACAGACUUGUCUUUUGGAACGACUUUUAGAUACUUUUGUUGGUUAUAGUGGCAUAGAGAAUGCUUUUCUAUUUGAUGCUGUUUCUAAAUUAGUUGUAGCAACGGAUUCUUCACCAGUUCAUGGAAAUGACUUUGAGCUUUGUUCAGAUAUGAUUGAAGUAGCUAUAGACAUUAGUGGAAUUUAUAGUUUUGGAAACCCUAGAAACCAUACAAAGGAGGAUUCUAUUCAAGAUAGUCAUCCCGUUGGAGAAGAGUCUUUUAUUUUGGAUCACUGGAAUAUUUCUUCGUCUUGUGGUUACUUUUUUCAAGACUCGAGUUGUUGGUGCACCAUACGUUUAGGAAAUGGAAUAGUAUUACAUAUGAAAAGUGUUGGACAUUAUCUUUGUUUGGUUUUGAUGGCGAGAGGAGAAAUAUUGGAUUCCAAUUGGGGUUUAGUAGGUUAUAAUAUUCGUGUCUUUAGUGAAUGUCUUUCCAAGGUUAUCAAGUCAACGAGAUGUUGUGAUGCAUAAAGUUUGUAUUUCUACACAAAAUGAAUGGAACAUCGAUUCA